UGUGAUGGCGCUACAGAAGAUGUUGCUUUUGACACACUAGCACUGUGAGCUGAAGGAAGAAGAAGAAGGACGGUAGUAAAUCCAGUCUAUUGUUGUCAUUAAGUUUGCUGCGGCCGGGCUGUUUAACGGCGCCAUGACAAACCUGCAGCCUUUAAGGAUUUUCCUGACGGAGCGCUUAAUGCUGGCGGCUCAGGAAAUUUUCAAGGCAGUGGAAGUUACGAUUACUGAAUACCACGACGAAAUUUCCCGUUCCAGACAAGAAAACGAGCUGCUGAAGAGCAGGCUGCUGGAGGCAGGUAUCCAGGUUUAUCCAGAGUUGCAGCCUGGCCUGUCUGUCUUCCACAGAGAACCCUGUGCUGGAUUAGAGAGAAGAGAUCCAGGUGAGAAGAUUCAUGUGAAGCAAGAGCCAAGUGCUUCAAGGGAAGAGCCACGAGUUCCACCUCCUCAAACAAGCGUGCCUGAAGAACCAGUUUCCCCAGCUGCAUGUCUAGAGGAUGAACAGAAAAUUGAAGAAAUGCUGCAUCCACAGAUGACGGACAUCAGUGCGAGCCCUUUGCUUGAGGCUCAUCAGUGUAUGCAGAUUAAAGAAGAAACUGAUGAAUCAAAAUCUGGUUUGGGAACUGAAAUUUUCUGCAUGACGCAGAGCAGCACGUCUGAUGAUCUAAGCAGUGCUGUUGCCUCUAAUCAUGCCAGCGUGCUUGAGACACAAUUAGACAAUCUUUCCUCAAUGCAGAAUGCCUCUGAGCUUCCAUUAACAAGCAGAAUGAACCCUGGUCAUGCUAAAAUGUGCACCAAUUUUGAGCAAGAUAAAGAACAUCAAAGGAGAGAAAGAUAUUCUAUGAUAAGAGCUCGUGGAAUUGGCAAACUACCAAAAGUUGGAAGAGAAAGAAAAAUGGAGCCAAGGAUAGAAAAUCAAAGGACAUGUAAGAAAAAGGAAAAAGUCCCAGAAGUAUUGAUGUUGGAGGAAGAACAAUGCAUGCAAAGACAGUUACGUAUAAGCACAGGGAGCAUGAACGAGAGGAAUGUUCAACCCGUCCACAAACCUUCUGCAGUUUACCAAAGUGAUCCUGAAGCUUAUCUGUGUGUCGUGUGCGGGAGAAGUUUCAGCUCUCGAGGACUUUUGAAAGUGCACCUAAGAGUUCAUUCAGGAGAGAGACCAUAUCACUGUCCCUACUGUGAUAAAAACUUCAGGCAAUCUAGUCAUCUUAGCGUACAUAUUAGGAUUCAUACAGGAGAAAAGCCUUACAGCUGUCUUUCCUGUGGGAAGAGGUUCAGUGAUCGAAGUGCAUGCAACAGGCAUGUUAGGGCUCAUCUGGAAAAUGCUGAACUGAGCCAUCCUACUUGAAAAUAUAAAUGAUUCAGAGGGGUGAGUUUUUUGUUUGUUUGUUUUUUGGACUUUUUCCCUUUUGCAUUGCCUCUCUUUCUGUGAUUAUAGAAACACAUAAUCUAGUAUUUUUUAAAAGAUUUUUUAGCCUCACUUGAAACUUUUAAUAUAUUCCAAACAAUGUUUAUAGUUUUAAAAGUAAUGAUUACAAAAAUGCUAGCUAGGGUAAUAGAAAUUUUAAAGGUGAUAGCAUGGUCUGUAUAUGCCUUCCAUGGGUCCUGAAAUAAUUUCCUAUUUAUUCAUUUUUUUAGCCUUGUACCAUUUGAAUCAAUAUUUUUUGUAUUGUAUAAUGUACAUUUCAAAUCCAUUUAACUCACAUUAAUGUAACUUUUUGGUCUUCCUCAGUUUCUAAUGAAAAUUGUGGAUGUUGUAGCACUGUUUUUGUUCUGUUUAUCAAUAUUUACCACAAAUUUGGAUUGUCAAAUAUGUGUAAAGCUGCUGUCUUUUAUUUUUAUUUUUUUUAACUAUUCCUAACAUUAUU